UAAUCGAGUGUGCAUGCCAAACACAGGAAUAAUCAGCGAGAAGAGCUCGCAAUACGUAGUACCCAAGUAAAGUUCAAAGUAACGAAACAAAAUAAGACACUGUUGAGAGGAAGCGCGAGGGGAACAAGUCAGUCAGAAAGCUAUUUAAUGUGAUGUCGCAGUGGAUGGCAGGUGAUGUUUUGAGGGUGUCGUGAUUAAUGCUCUGUCAGGAGUUCAGGAGAGAAAGUGCUGAAGGCUGAGACAUCUGAUUUGCAUAUCUACUCUAAAUAAAAGCUGGUUCAUUUCGACACUUUUUUGACAUGAAGCUCAAUGUCCUCGUCACCACCGUGGCUCUGCUCGUUGCCUUUCCAUCACCAUAUGAAUGUAGAGCCAUCGACAGCAACCAGCCAGGCAUGGACCCAGAUGGAGAACGACAGUCACCGCCACUUUUGGCGCGCCUUGGAGAGGAGUACUUCAUCCGGCUCGGUAACAGAAAUCUGAAUUCCCCUCGGUCCUCACCAAACGAUUAUUCCGAGCCAUCCCAGUAUCCCAAACGAGCACUGCAGCUCCAGUUAACGCAGCGUCUGUUGGAGGGGAAAGUUGGAAACAUCGGCCGCCUAGAUGGCACUUACGCGCUUCGAGCGCUCGACUCAGUGGAAAGAGAGCGCAGGUCCGAGGAGCCACCGAUUUCCCUGGACCUGACCUUUCAUCUGCUCCGAGAAGUACUAGAGAUGGCCAGAGCCGAACAAAUGGCCCAGCAAGCUCACAGCAACCGCAAAAUGAUGGAAAUAUUCGGGAAGUAACCACGAGCUCCAUCUGCCAAAGAUAUUUUUACAUUUAGCACAAACAUGAAUAUUCUGUACCAUAGUGCUGCUUUUCCAUCAUGAUCUAUUUAUACCGGUGAUUUAUUUAUUUGUAGAUAUUUCAAUGAAGACCUAUAGGUGUGUAUGGCCAUGAUUCAGAUUGCGCAAAACUGUCACGAAUCUUCAUUUGUUAUUGUAUUAUGUGAUCAUUCAGAACUGUAGAUGAAAAAACACAGUGAAUUUCUUAAAAAAGACAAUAUUUUCAAAUACUGUUUAAUUUUAUUUUAUCUCACAAACCUUCAUUGUAACAUACAGUACAUUGUUUAAGUUUGUUAAUAAACUAAUGAGCAACCAUUGAUUUUUGUUGUGCAAGAGAAUGUCUUAUAUUUAUAUUUUUCAAUAAAACUUUGAAAGCCAA